AUGGCCAAGCGACCGGGGACCGACGACGGGAUGCAGACUUCGCGGAGCCCCGUGCGGGAUUUCGCCGACGUGGACGCGGACGUGGACGCGGACGUGGACGCGGAAUGCGGUUCUGGAGCCGAGGACGUGUCCCUGGAGCAGAUCCUGGCUCUUUACAGCCAACCGAUAAACGAGGAGCAGGCGUGGGCCGUGUGCUACCAGUGCUGCCGGGCUCUGGCCCGCAGGCACCGGGGGAGAGGGUCCCGGUCCUCCCGGUCCUCCUCCCGGUCCCCCUCCCGGUUCCCCGGGAGGAUCGAGGGCCCCGGGGACGCCGGCUGGCGGAGGUAUUUUGGGCCCCCGUCCUGA